AUGACUUCCAAAGUUUCUCAAGAUGGCUACCACUGGAUCGCCAAGGCCAUCGACUCACUCGACCCGGAAACCGACUACGAACUCAUCUGGCGCCUCACCUCGAGCUACCACCUCUCGGACUACCUCUACACCCUCGCCUUCAGCGCGAUCCUGAUGCACCGCCUGCGGCUGCGGCUGGGCCUCCCCGGGUUCAGCGACAAGCAGAAGGUCGCGGCGCACCACUUCUGGCGCGACAUGGCGCCGCUGUUCACGGUCGAGGGCAAGGGCGCGGUGGAGGACUACCGGGGCAGCUUCGACGGGUGCGUGGCGUUCUGCGAGGCGUACGAGGCCACGCCGCGCGAGUACGACGAGCGGGCGCGCUACAUCGGCAUCUCCACCUUCAACCUGUUUGCCUACCGGUAUUUCCCCCCGGGCCUGCGGUGGCUGGGCUUCGAGUUCCCGCGGGCGCUGUCGCUGCCGACGACGCUGCGGGCGUUCCGUAUGGAGCCGACCCACCCUGUGCUGGCCGCUAUUAUUGUGUUCGUGGUUAGGACGGUGUUCCUUGUGACGGAGGCAUUGAUGCCUGAUCCAACGGUGGCAUUCAUCCAGUCGUUGGAUUCUCUGCCGGAAGUCGAGGCUCGUAAGCGGAGGAAGGAUAUCAGGACGCUGGACAAGUCGUACUGCCAGUUCGCAAAAGCGCAAUGA